AAUGAAGAUAAAACAAUGUCAGCCAACCUCAAAUACCUUUCCUCGGGAAUUUUGAUCUUUCAGACUAGCAGUCUGGUUCUAACGAUGCGUUAUUCUAGGACUUUAAAAGAGGAGGGGCCUCGUUAUCUGUCAUCUACAGCCGUGGUUGUUGCUGAACUUUUGAAGAUAAUGGCCUGCAUUUUAUUAGUCUACAAAGACAGCAAAUGUAGUCUAAGAGCACUGAAUGGAAUACUACAUGAUGAAAUUCUUAAUAAACCUAUGGAAACACUUAAACUUGCUAUUCCAUCAGGGAUAUACACUCUUCAGAAUAAUUAUGUGGCCCUGUCAAAUCUAGAUGCAGCUACUUAUCAGGUCACAUAUCAGUUGAAAAUUCUUACGACUGCAUUAUUUUCUGUGUCGAUGCUUAGUAAAAAAUUAGGUGUGUACCAGUGGCUCUCCCUAGUAAUUUUGAUGACAGGAGUUGCUUUUGUACGGUGGCCCUCAGAUUCUCAAGAGCUUGAUUCUAAGGAACUUUCAGCUGGCUCACAAUUCGUAGGCCUCAUGGCAGUUCUCACAGCAUGUUUUUCAAGUGGCUUUGCUGGGGUUUACUUUGAGAAAAUCUUAAAAGAAACCAAACAAUCAGUGUGGAUAAGAAACAUUCAACUUGGUUUCUUUGGGAGUAUAUUUGGAUUAAUGUGUGUAUAUGUUUAUGAUGGAGAACUGGCAUCAAAGAAUGGAUUUUUUCAGGGGUAUAACCGGCUGACCUGGAUAGUUGUUGUUCUUCAGGCACUGGGAGGCCUUGUAAUAGCUGCUGUUAUUAAGUAUGCGGAUAACAUUUUAAAAGGAUUUGCAACCUCUCUGUCCAUAAUAUUAUCAACACUGAUAUCUUAUUUUUGGCUACAAGAUUUCGUACCAACCAGUGUCUUUUUCCUUGGAGCCAUCCUUGUAAUAACAGCUACUUUCCUAUAUGGUUAUGAUCCUAAACCUGCAGGAAAUCCCACUAAAGCAUAGUGGUAAUACUGUCUUUAUCUGGUUUUUCACAAUGGUGCACUAGGAAUCUCAACAUUAAUCCUGCACAGAGGACUUCUACAGAUUCUAAGAAAAAAAUCAUCAUGCUGAAUCUGAUCAUAAUGUUCAAAUGGUUUGAAAAUAUAAAAGUUUAAGGAUAAAAUAUAUGUAUAUGUAACAAAAUGCCUAUUGCAUCUAGAAAUCAAAACUUGAAAGUAUUUCCAGGGAUUAGAAUAAUUAUUGGAGGAAACUUGAAAUCUGAGUUUAAAAAGAUUUUAUGUUUUUGAUUGCUGCAGAAAUAUCCUAUGCAUUCUUUGCAAGAGCACACAACAAAUGUCAGACAUCAAUUUUGCAAAUUAGAUACAUUUAAUCUUAUUAAAUGUUUUUUAUCUUACUCCUUCUGUACAGAUAUAUCAAAUAACAUAGAUAUUCAAAGUUUGAAAAUUAUAAUUACCUAUAAAGCUGUGAAGAAAUAGAAGGAUGAUUUGAAAAACAUUUUCAUGUAUCUCAGAUUUUUAUAUUUAUACAGAAGAUUACUAAACAAAGGAUUGCUAUAUGUUGCAA